CCGUCAAUGCGAGAGUGAGCACCGGGAGGUGUACGCCGAGCCGGGGAUGUGACGGUCUAGGAGGACAGGUAGAGUCGGGAGAGGGAGAGAAGCAGCGACCCCGCCCUCGCUCAGCUCAGCUCGGCGCGACCCCUGGCCACCGGCUCUCGGCAGGCAGACGUUUCUCGGCGCUCCCUGACCCCCCAACAGCUGCCAAGACGCCGCGAGCUGUGCUACGGGUGAAAAAUGCGCCCCCGAGAGUGGCGAAGACGCCGGCCGCCACCGACCUGGCGCCGGGAGCCUUCAACAUCCAGAGGUCGCAGAGCCGCAUCAGCCUGUCCGCCUCGUUCGAGGCGCUCGCCAUCUACUUCCCCUGCAUGAACUCGUUCGACGAGGACGACGCCGAUGGAGACGGUCGAAAGCUACGAGGCGCGAUUCAACGCAGCACGGAGACGGGACUAGCUGUUGAGAUGCCGAGGAGGACCAUGCGUCAAGCCAGCCACGAGUCCAUUGAGGAAAGCAUGAACAGCUAUGGAUCGGAGGGAAACUUAAACUACAGCGGUGUCUGCCUGGCAUCUGACGGACAAUUCCGAGACUUCUUGGAUGGAAUGGGCCCGGCCCAGUUUGUGGGGCGUCAGACCUUGGCCACCCCGUCGAUGGGUGACGUUGAAAUGGGAAUUCUGGAACGAGAUGGGCAGCUGGAAGUGGAGGUGAUUCAAGCUCGGGGUCUCACCCCGAAACCAGGGACCAAGACUCUGCCAGCUGCUUAUAUUAAACUCUACCUUCUGGAGAACGGGGUCUGCAUUGCGAAAAAGAAAACCAAGAGUGUGCACAAAUCUCUUGACCCGCUGUAUCACCAGAUCCUGGUCUUCAAUGAGAGUCCCCAGGGCAAGAUAUUGCAGGUAAUUGUGUGGGGCAACUAUGGCAGGAUGGACCGCAAGUGCUUCAUGGGGGUGGCCCAGGUCUUGCUGGAAGAGCUGGAUCUCUCAAGCUCGGCCACCGGCUGGUACAAGCUCUUCCCGACCUGCUCCAUGGUUGAGCCGCCGCUGGCCCCUCUGCUGCGCAACGCCUCUCAGCUCUCCCUGGAGAGUACCAUCGGACCUUGCUGUGACCGAUCCUAGCUGCGGCGGAGUCUUUCCCCCCCGCCUUUUGUUUUUCCUCGCCGAGCAAGCGGGCAGUCGGGGCUCCUCCCAGGCAGAGGGCGCGCCCUGCCGAUCGGUGCAUGCUUGACUUGGCCGACUUCCUCGGGGGCCUCUUUCGGCCAGAAGGAUGACCCGGCGCCUGGUAAUGGCCUCACGGAGGGGAGGAGGUCAUUUAUGACUCUGCGCCUGGCACCGUUCCCCCGUGAGGACCGGUCAUAGUUGCAUUCUUUCACUUGACGCUCGCCUCCGGUCAUGGUACGUCUCUCUGCACCUCCAGUACCUCACCUCCUGCUCGAUGUGCCAAGCGGACUCCAUUGACCUUUCAUUUGCAGCCCCCUUGCCAACGCCAUCCGUAGAGCAAGGUCCUGUCAUCUCUCUCAACAAGUGUAUUUUUGAUCAUCCACUGUCACAUAAAGGUGUCCACUACACGCGAAUGCAAGUAAUGUUCUGCAUCUGCAGAUUAUUUUGUAUUUAUGUUCUGUCAUCACCUGCCAGGUGACCUCCAAAGUCUAACAGUUAAAUGUGAGCCCUGCCCACCAGGGGAUACUAGAAACCUUGCUGUGUUACCUACUGGGGUGAAAGAUAACUAGUUUUUUUGUUCUCAGUGAUUUCUGAGAACUGGAAGACCAGCCUGUAUUAUUGGCAUUUUGUCAUUGUCGUUCCAUUGGCUCUGUGCCCGAUUUUAGUCACCUCCAGUUCAUUCCAUCGUAUACACUCGACACUUUGCUAACAUUAGAGUUUACAAAAUUAAGUGAAUAAAACGUAGUUUUCAGUGUUAGUUUAACCUAUUUCACAACUUUAAUGCACUGGUUUAAAAAAAUGGCAAAGCAAUUUUUUUGGCAAUAAUAGUCUUGUAAAAGGGGAAGCGUUGUGUCCACCCUGCGCCUUAGCAGAGAGUGGUCUCAGGGAUGGCGAUAGGUCUAUUGGAUUAAGUACAGAAGUUUAUUGAAGGCGGAGAGUGGAAGGACAACAGUUGAGGGAGUUUGUACAAUAUUGAAGUAACACAAAGAUGUGUUCUGAAUAUUUUAAAACAAGGAAGAGUUUGAAAUUCUCCAUUAUUAAAGCAAUUUGAAACUUUAAAGCAUUCUCUGUGUAUUAAGAGAGGAUGCUGUAUUUUAUAGAUUGUAGCAUGCAAGGAUAGUACAGUAGAUUAAGGUGUUUGGGUAGAAAGUGUGUUCAGAACUGUGCCAACCAUGUCCUUGUGUGCAAAGAAUACGAGCAAGGACCAACAUUGGUAGUUCAGGAAGGGAGGAAAGGCUUGAAUCUAAUUGGUGACAAAGUCUCAUUAAAAUCCCAAUUUGUGUUCCAAAUUAAAUCUUGUUUUUGAAUUUUUCAGACUUUGAACAAACGAUGUAUUCAAUCUCACAAUCUUCAAAGUUUAUGUUCAAAUUAGACUAUUAAGAGUUUAUAUAGCUUAUUUGCUGUAAAUCUGGCUAUAAAAAUCAAAUUUUUUUUGCUUUUUUGAUCCUUUUCUAAGUAUCCUGGCUUAAAAUAAGCCUUUAAAUAAAAUAAUUAUUCAUAAUGCAAUAAAAAGGAACCAAAUUAAUUAUUACAGAUGAAUUUGUCAAUGUCAGAAUUAACUAAAUCAUUUAAAGGAUAAAUAUUAUCAUAAAACUAUUCCUUCUAAGCCAAUAUUACCAUUUAAGGAACAGUUCUGUUUCACAGGAGCCUGAUUUAAGUAGUUACAAUGCCUGUUAUUAAUUAAGAUUACCAUAUUGUUCUUAAUGAAUCCUCAAGAUUAUUCUAGUUAACAAGUAUUCUUGCUCAGAAAUACUUUGCAGCAACCCAGGGAAGGAAGCGGACAGAUGUAAUCGUUCAGAGAAGUACUGGAAGGUAAGACUGAGAGUUGUCCCACCUUCAGGGACGUAACCUUUAAAUGGAGCAGGUUUUUUUUUGUACGUUGCUGUCACAAUAGAUAUAAAUAAUAAGUUAGAUUAACUUGGCGAAGAUUUAGCCCCCUGCAUGUUUGGGUGCGUGUUAGCAUUGUAUUGACUUUAAACAAAGCACAUUUCUUAGAGUUCUGACACGUAUAGGUGUUUCAAAGGCAUAUUGGUUGGUAGGUACCUAAUAUGCAUUGUGUGUAGCAGGUUAGGAGAAGGUUCUAUUCAGUCCCGUAGGAGUUUUCGUCUCAGUAAAUGUUGAAAAUAUGAGAAAUGUUAUUUACAAAGUAGUUAUUAAUGUGGAUUUAGUAAGAAUAGAGUUUAAAAAUUACCACACAACCACAGGCAGUGAGUUUAUUAUUGCUGAGAGAAGAUUAAAUUGUAAAAUCUGACACUUUUCUUAGUUUUAUUCCAGGUUAAUAAGGUAUGCUGGUUGUAUAAUAUUAAAAAUAUUAGAAUAAUUUUGAACUUUCAACUUUUAAUUUUAAAUGUUUGAAGCUAUUAGAUUAGUACAGCGUGGAGAGUUUCCUAGAAUGAGUUGAUGUUGUACUGGGACACCAUUUGUUUAAUGGUAUUAGCAGCAGUGUUGAAUUAUUCAUGUAACCCAGGUCACUUUCCAUGCCUACAUCUACCCUUCCAAGCAUUACAGGCACUAAACGGACAAAUUACAUGGUAGUUUUUUAGGAUGUUGUACUCAGCGUGGUCAGUCCCUGCCUAGGUGCUCUGCUAGCAUUGAUCCAUUGUUGAUACAUUUCUUUCAUUGUUCUCCGAGACCAGUGGACAGACUGAAGGUCCAGGGUAAUGGGUCUUCCAGGAACCCCCUCAUUGCUCUUUUAGUCAACCAAUCACAAAUGGAAUCAUAGAGUCAUACAGCAUGAAAACACCCUUCAGCACAAUUGGUCCAUCCCAACCUAGAUUCCCAUCUAAGCCAGACCCACUUGCCCAUGUUUGACCCAGAUCCCUUGGAACCUGAGUGCCAAGCGUCAUCUGGGUACAGUGCCAAUGAGGAACAUUGGCCAGGAUAGAAUCACUCACACCUUCUAUUCUUUAAUUGAUAAUCCACCUUAAUGUUUCAAAUGCUAUGUUCCUGAUCUAAAAUCUAAAAUCUAACCCCAUCUUGAGCAACAGACACUAAAUGUGGAGGGACUCAGCAGGUCAGACAGCAUCUAUGGAGGAGAGUGAACACUGGAUGUUUCAGGCUGAGUGCUCCCAUCUCCUUGUGUCCUAUCCCUGUUAUCCCAUCUGUUUCUGAGAAUUCCGAUCUCCUUGUGUCCUAUGUUAUCCCAUCUGGGACUGAGAAUUCCGAUCUCCUUGUGUCCUAUGUAAUCCCAUCUGUUUCUGAGAAUUCCGAUCUCCUUGCGUCCUAUGUAAUCCCAUCUGUUUCUGAGAAUUCCGAUCUCCUUGCGUCCUAUGUUAUCCCAUCUGUUUCUGAGAAUUCCGAUCUCCUUGCGUCCUAUGUUAUCCCAUCUGGGGCUGAGAAUUCUGAUCUCCUUGUGUCCUAUCUCUAUUAUCCCAUCUGGGACUACUGUACUUGUCUUUCCCUGUUUCUCCUUUCCCAAAGAGCACAAGUCCCUUUGUCAACUCCCCUGUGGGUUUUAUUUUCUCUCUCAUACAUACACAUUCUAAACUGGUGAAAUUUGUGGUCACAGUAUUCUAAUGCAGUGUUUAACCUUUGAGUGUGGACCUCUAGGUCACAAUUCCUGCCAGACUACUUAAAGUUUGUACUCCUUCCUCUCCUCCCUACCUUCUUCCCUCUUUACUUCCUGUCCUGGGUGAAGGAUCUUGGCCUGAAAAGUCGACUGUUUAUUCAUUUGCACAGAUGCUGCCUGACCUGCUGAGUUCCUCCAGCAUUUUGCACGUUACUUAAAGCAAUAUUUGGAGGAAUCACUCCUUGUCAGUGCUUUCUUCAUCAGCGCCUCUUCCAGUCCACCCUUGCCCUGCAUCUAUUGUCACCCAAUAAUGUCAUAGAGUCACACAGCAUGGGAACAGGCUCUUUGGCCCAUCUGAUUCAUGCCACCCAACAUGUCAAUUUAAGCCAGUCCCCUUUGCCCACAUCCCUCUAAACCAUUCCAAUCCAAACACCUGUCAUGUAUUUUUCAAAUAUCGUUAAUGUACCUGCCUCACUCACCUCCGCUGGCAGCUCGUUCCAUAUGCAGGCCACCCUCUGGGUCAGGCGCUCCCAACCUGCGGUUCACAGACCCCUCGGUUAAUAUGUGGCUCCAUGGCAUAAAAAAGAUUCGAAAUCCCUGCUUUAGAUGGAAAUGUUAACCAUUGGGUUUUGUUAAACCUCCCUCCUCUCACUCUAUUCUCUCUAGUUGUUGAUUCUCCAACCAUGGGAUGAACGAGGCCAUUAGGAGCACAUUUGAUGGGCCAAAUGGCCUAAUUCUGCCUCUGUCUUAUUUGACCACUGAGUCCAUUCUCACUCUAAUGUUGCCCCUCCCGUUCUCCGCAGCUCUGUAACCAUUUGCCCUUUACGUGCAACAGCAACAGGCUGAUUUGUCCCUCAAUCUUGAUCCACUUUUGAACAAAAUCCAGUCUUAGCUUUAACACCAUUGCCUCUCUCUCCCAAUAUCCCCCCUGCCCCUGUCAAACCCCUGACCGUGCCCUCCCUCCUGCCACCGCCACCCUGGUCAUCUGCUGCCCAGAUCAUGACUGCGAGUAUCUCCUGCUGCCCAUAUCCCUUCAGUGUUUCCACCUCCACAGCUCUUAGCAGCUCAGAAAUAUGGCUUGCCUCUUUCAGAAAUGAGCUGCUCCUUACUGAAACUCUGUCUCCAUCGGGGGAAAUGUCUAUUCACCAACCACCUUGUCAACACCCCUCAGAACUUAAUACAUCGAUACGAUCGCGCACCCACUCCCAACUCCGAUUCUUCACCUAAACUCCAAUGUGUCUAACCUCAACUUGUUGAUAGGGCAACCCUUCCAUUCCAGGAAUUAACCCACUGACUCUUCUCAUCAGUGUCUCCAGUAAAGCCCUAACCCUAACCCGACCGACCUUAAAUGUGGAGAACAAAAACUACUUUCUACUCUAGGAAUGAUCCAACCAACACCCUGUAACAUUUCAUCAGAACCUCCCUACACUUGUGGUUUUACACCAUUCAUUCAUUAUGUGCCAUGUUGUAUGAUGUGGGCAUCAUUGUCUUUAUGAUUGUUCUUGGCAAAUUUUUGUAGAGAAGUGGUUUGCUAUUGCCUUCUUCUGGGUAGUAUCUUUGCAAGACAGGUGACCCCAGCCAUUACCAAUACUCUUCAGAGAUUGUUUGCCUGGUGUCAGUGCACCAGCUACUCAUACGACCAUUCACCACCUGCUCCCAUGGCUUCAUGUGACCCUGAUUCAGGGGGUGGGGGUGGUGGGGGACGGUGCUAAGCAGAUGAAAUACCUUGUCCAAGGGUGACGUGCAGGGUAGCAGAGGGAAGGAGCACCUUACACCUCCUUUGUUAGAGAUGCAUCUCCACCUUUUGCAAUAAAAGUCAAUCAAUCUCCCUCAGAAGAUGGUUGUUGUAAGGUAUGACCAAUAUUUGCUUCGUAGGUCAGAGGGGGGUGACACAGGUCAUGUAUCAACUUCAGGCUGGUUGGUGUCUCUUCACAGUCACGUCUUACUGUUGGAAAUUUGGUCUAGGAUAGCUUAAAUAUGUUUUAUGUUAUUGCCAGUGGGGUGGGGAGUGUUUGGUGAUUUGAGGCAAGGAAUUUGCCUCUGAUUGCUGAGGUAGACACAAACUCAGCAAGUCAAGUCAGGCAGCAUCUGUGAAGAAAGGAUGAGAGGUAAUGUUUCUGCCCUAUGCCUUUCUCUCUGAUUUCCUCCAUCUGGUCUUCAAUGAAUUAUUUGCCACACUCAAAACCUCAAAGGGCAGUCAUUGGCAUCUUAUACCUGGUACACCAAUGCCAGGAUAAGCAUUGAAAACUGCUUUCACUUUGAACACAACCAAAGUUAGAAGCAUUAAAUAUUAGAUGGAACUUAACAGCCUAAAACCAGCCAUUCAAGCACUCUGCUCAGUGCAGGUGGUGUCCCACAAUCACCUUCUUCCACAGCCCUCUGUCUUCUCAUCAUCUUUACCUCGAUACCUCCAUUUUACUCUCUCUACCUCAAUCCCAACUCGGUCUCCCCUAGUCCUGAAACAACUCGGUCUCCCCUCGUCCCCCCCCCCGUCUCUCCCCGUCCCCACCCCCUCUCCGUCCUCUGUCUCCCCUGUCCCCACCGCCUCUCCGUCCUCUGUCUCCCCCGUCCCCACCCCCUCUCCAUCCUCUGUCUCCCCCGUCCCCACCCCCUCCAUCUCUCCUCGUUCCCACCCCCCUCUCCCCAUCCCCACUUCCCCUCUCCCCAUCCCCACUUCCCCUCUCCAUCUCUCCUCAUUCCCAUCCCUCUCUGUUUUCCCUCCGUCCCCACCCCAUCUUCCCUCAUCCCCUCCUCCUUCUCCUAUUUACCUCAAAAUUUUCAUUCACUCAUCUCUACCUCAAUCUCCCCUCUUCUCCAAACCUUUCAUAGAAACAUAGAAAACCUACAGCACAAUACAGGCCUUUUGGCCCACAAAGCUGUGUCGACCGUGUCCUUACCUUGGAACUACCUAGGCUGACCCAUAGCCCUCUAUUUUUCUGAGCUCCAUGUACCUAUCCAGGAGUCUCUUAAAAAACCGUAUUGUUUCCACCCCCACCACCGUUGCCGGCAGCCCAUUCCACGCACUCACCACUCUCUGAGUAAAAAAGAACUUACCCCUGACAUCUCCUCUGUACCUACUUCCAAGCACCUUAAACCUGUGCCCUCUGGUGUUAGCCAUUUCGGCCCUGGGAAAAAGCCUCUGACUAUCCACACAAUCAAUGCCCCUCAUCAUCUUCUACACCUCUCAGGUCACCUCUCAUCGUCCUCGUGCCUUUAUCCAGCUUCCCCCUACAAGCCACUUGCCUCACCUAUCCUUGAUGGCAAUGAGUUCCAAAUGCUGCCCUCGGUUCAUCCACUCACCCACACAGUCUGCGUUUACUGGCUCGGUAAUAACAAAAAAUCAAGGUUGCGAAGUGGUUUUCAAUGUAUGAGCAAUGAAGUUAAUUAAUAAAAUUUUUGAAUGAGCUUGCUGGCACUCAGGGUUGUGGGAAUGUUUCUCAGCAGACUGAGCUGGAUUGAUGGCAGAGAUUAACUCUCCAGCAUGUGUGAUAACAGUGGGCUUGGGUGGUGGUGUGGGGGGCGGGGGGGAGUUGCAGAGAUUCUUUGUGUCUCCCUGCACGUAAUAACCAGGUCUUUAGAGCAAAGAAACAGGAACGGUCCUGGGGAUUGGGAGUGAAAGCAGAGUUGAUGUGGGAAUCAGAAUCAGAUUUAUUAACACUGACUUAUUUGCGGAAGCAAGAAAAUAAAAAUUACCAUAAAUUACUAAAUAAAUAGUGCAAUAAAAAGAAAUAAUGCUAAAAAAUACUGUACAUUACAAAAUAAGCAGAAGAAUAAUGAAGAGGUUGUGUGUGGAAAUCUGAUGGUAGAGGGGAAGAAGCUGUUCCUGAAUCAUUGAAUGUGGGUCUUCAGGCUCCUGUACCUCCUCCCCAUUGGUAACAGAGAGACACCAAGUUCAGAGAUCACAGUAAAUUUGUUAUCGGUGUGCCUGUGUCACUAUGUACUCCCUUGGGAUUCCUAUAGGAGGGAAAACGGGUUUGUAGGGUCAGUUACUCAAUCCCUGAUUGCUCACACUAUCAGCUUGUACAUCUCUGGGCUGGUCAUCUGCUGAAGAAACAGGAAAGUCUUGUUUCUUCAACUCCACCCCCCCCCCUAUCCUGGGUAAAACUGAAUCCUAAAUCAUCACUGUUUAGUGAAUAAUAUUUUCAGCUCAGCCUUAUAAUAGUUUACACCUCUUGUCCUAAUCACUAAAACCAGCUUUUGACCUUCAGGCAUAGAAGCAGAAUUAGGCCAUUCAGCCCAUCGAGUCUGCUCCACCAUUCCAUCAUGGCUGAAUUAUUAUCCCUCUUAACCCCAUUGCCCUGCCUCCUCCCUGUAACCUUUGACACCCUAACUAAUCAAGAACUUAUUACCCUCCACUUUAAAUAUACUCAGUGACUUGGCUUCCGCAGUUGUCCAUGGCAAUGAAUUCCACAGAUUCACCACCCUCUGGCUAAGGAAAUUCCUCCUCAUCUCUGUUCCAAAGGGACGUCUAGACUCACCCACUAUAGGAAACAUCUCCUCCACAUCCACUCUAUCUAGCCCUUUCAAUAUUUGAUAGGUUUCAGUAAGGUCCUCCCUCAUUUUCCUAAACUCCAGUGAUUAUAGGUCCAGAGCUAUCACACUGCUUCUUGUACAUUAAUCCCUUCAUUCCUGGGAUCAUUCUUAUGUAAGGUCUUUGUUGUUACAAGUUAACCCUGCUCUUACGCAGGAUCAUAUUGCAGUAUUGACACUUGGCUGCACCAAUGAAAGAUCACUGUAAUAAAACAGACCAUAGACCAGACACUCAGCAGAUAUUUUAUUCGGUACAUCCAGUAUGUUUAUUGUCUUCUGCUGCUGUAGCCCAUCCAUUUCAAGGUUCACUGCAUUGUGUGUUCAGAGAUGCUCUUCUGCACACCACUGUUGUAAGGCGUGGUUACUUGAGUUACUGUCACCUUCCUGUCAGCUUGAACCAGUCUGGCCAUUCUCCUCUGACCUCUCUCAUUAACAAGGUGUUUUCACCCUCAGAACUCCCACUCAUUGGAUUUUUUUUUGGUUUUGUUUUGCACCAUUCUCCGUAAACUACACAUCAGAGUGAGAUCAGCAGUUUCUGAGAUACUUAAACCCUCCCGUCUGGCACCAACAAUCAUUCCACUGUCAAAGUCACUUGAAUCAUAUUUCCUCCCUAUUCUGAUGUUUGGUCUGAACAACAACUGAAUCUCUUGACCAUGUCUGCAUGCUUUAUGCACUGAGUUGCUGCCACAUGAUUGGCUGAUUAGAUACUUGCCUUAAUGAGUAGAUAUACAGGUGUACCUAAUAAAGAGGUUACUGAGUGUAGAACUUGUAUUGACCUUUCAACCUACCCUAAGACCAAUCUGACUCUUCCCUCUCACACGGUGCUCUGUUUGAGGGGCUUUCCGUUUCUCAGUGAGGUUUCUAACACGGCGUGAGUAAUUGUCUGACCAGAUGGGAUGCACGGGAAUUGGCGGAAGCGAGGGAAAUAUCGGCGGGCUGCAGGACCAUGGCAGUGGGACGCGGGAGUGGUGUACGGUCGCUAACGGAGCUCUCGGGCACUGGUGGGUAUCACAGCAGGACGUCGGGGAACACGGCGGCGGGAUGCAUCAAAAAUGGCAACGGUGCAUGGAUAAACACGAGACGAGGAAUCUGUUGGCGGGAUGCAUGAAGAGCGGAGCGGUGCAUGGAUUUGGCAGUUUUGCAUGUGGGGAUAGUGGCGGGCUGCGUGGCCAGCGCCGAGCCGCUUCAGUGCGCAUCAGCACGGGGCCCAAGCGGGCCGGCACAGGCGCGGCUCUAACGUGGCCGCUGCUGGGUCUUUGGAAGAAGCCGUCGGUGAUGGUUUUAUCGAGCCGGGUGCGUGGCAAGUAGCAGCGCAUCGGUUCCCAUGGAAACGGCCAUUCAGUCACGUGACACGCAUAAGCCGACUGCCCUGCAGUAACUAAUUUAACUUCCUUGUAUUUGGUAAGACUUUUCUGGGGUCCCUUGUACAAGGAUCUUUUACUGAUGACCACAUGGACUCGGGUUUGGCCAGUCCAUGUGGAUUGUACCCAAACUCUGCGGACAGUGACCUUGUCUGUCUGCCUCUGUUGCUAGCGCUUUGCCUGCGGGGAGCCUCACUGAAAACGGAAGGCUGCGUUAUCGCGGCCGCCCAACACAAAUGGAGCUUGCUUAUACAUCCCCACCUGACUCUAAACUUCCAGUUAAGCACGAGGAAAUGAAAUGGUAGCACAGGAAAAAUUGAAUUUAAAAAAUUGGGCCGUAAACAUUAAAAAUAAAUGAAUAUUGUGCUGGAAGUUCUCAGAUCGCAUCUUUAGAGAGUGAACUAAAGUAAAGUGAAGAGUUUGUGACCCGAGGACUACUUUUUCUUCCCUCAGAAGCGAACUGACUCGAUGGAUAUUUCCAUUUUCUGUUUUUAUUGUUAUUGCAUUAGGUUAUCGAGUCUGAAUCAAUGCUAUAAUAUAGAAAUCUAAAGCACAUUACAGGCCCUUCAGCCCACAAUUUGGUGCCGGCCACGCAACCCACUCUAGAAACUGCUUAGAAUUUCCCUAGCCCUUAGCCCUCUAUUUUUCUAAAUUCCAUGAGGCUAUGUAAGAGUCUCUUAAAAGACCCUGUUGUAUCCGUCUCUACCAUCGUCGCCGGCGGUGCAUUCCACUGCCAUGAUCUGGAGACAUCAGUUAUAGAACAUAAAGUGAAGUAAAUAAUCAGAUCAACCUUGUUCGCCACAUUCAUUUCAAAAAUUUUUAAGGUCAUUCCCAGUACACAAGUGGAAGAAGAACGAAAUAAUCAUUACUGUAGAUGAGAUGCAGCACAAAAAUAAAGAACACAAUAACAAUAAAAUAAGAUAGCUUUUAUUCAUAUACUAAUCCAUAAAAUGACACGAGGCUGUGCAUAAGGUGCCUAACGUGAAAUAAUAAAGUAGUGGGGAAGUUGGUGGGUGGUGGUGUUAGGGAAAGGAACUAUUUUAGAAAUUUGUGUGUUGGCAGGACAUGCAGCAAAAAUUCAACAAUUAUAAGGAAGAAUUAUAUGAAAAAUAAAAUCAGGUUGAAGUGCAGAUAUGAAAUAAGAUGCAUAAAUAUUAAAAAUCCAAACAGCAUUAUAAAAAGUGGUUUCACAUAUCAGGGGUGAUAGAUGGGGGUUAACUAGAAUGGUUGAUCAGGUUAACUGCCUGGGGGAAGAAACUUUGAAGAUGACAGAAGCUUUUCAGGUUUAUCAUUACCAACUUUUAUGAUGUCAUGUUUGUUGUUUUGUGACAGCAGUGCAGGGCAAAGAGAGGGAAUUACUGUAAAUUACAAAGUCAUUAGAUAGAGCAAAUACAAAGGAGUAGUGAGAUGGUGUUCAUGGAUCGUUCAGAAAUCUGAUAACUGAGAGGGAGAAGCUGUCCCUCAAUCACUGAGGGUGGGGCUUCCUGUACCUCCUGCCUGGUAUAAGUAAUGAGAGUGGAACAUGCUCUGGGUGCUGGGGGAUGCUAACUUCUUGAAGCAGCAAAUACAAGAAUCGAAGUAGAGUGUUAAAAGUACAGGCAGCCUCAGGAGCAAUAACCACAAAGAUACUAGAUUUCUGCAUUAAAAUGUCCAAUUCGCUAACGCCCCUCAUUUUGUCUCCAUACCCAGCCUGAUCUAUAUGUAACUGCACAGCUACUGCAGAGAAGUUGGCUCUGGCCUGUCCCUCAGUAAGUGAGGGGGAAAGUAGCAUCAAAGUUCAAAGCAUAUUUAUGAUCAAAGUACUUUAUGUCAGCGUGUACAACCAGUAGAUUCAUUUUCUUGCGGGCAUACUCAGUAAGUACAAGAAACUUGGUAGACCACACACAAGAUGGACAAAUGACCAAUGUGCAAAUGCAUAAAGAAAGAAAAAUAAAUAAUAAUAAAUAAUAAAUAUCAAGAACAUGAGAUGAAGCUAUCUAAGAGUCUCUUAAAUGCCGCUAAUAUAUCUGCCUCUACCACCUCCCCGGCAGGGUAUUUUGCACACGCACUACUCUGUACAAAAAAAACUCAUACCACUGACAUUUCCUCUAUACUUUCCUCCAAUCACCUUAAAAAUAUGCCCCUUUCAUUAGCCAUUCCUACCCUGGGGAAAACUCUCUGGCUGUCCUCUCGAUCUAUGCCUCUUAUCAUCUUGUAUAGCUCUAUUGUCACUUCCCAUUCUCCUUCACUCCAAGAGAAAAUCCCUAGCUCGCUCAACCUGUCCUCAUAAGACACACUCUCUAAUCCAGCCAGCAUCCUGGUAAAUCUCUGCAUUCUCUCUAAAGCUGCCACAUCCUUCUUACAAUGAGGUGACCAGAAUUGAACACAGUGCUCCCAAGUGUAGGAGGAAGGUGUGUAAAAGAUAACAAAGGAUUUGGGGAUGGGUGUGAGGGGGCUGCUGGUAGCAGAAACAUUGAUGUGGGUACAAUGUCCUGUCCCAAUGCUUAAAUCUGGAGUCAACACAGUGCAAAGUAGAGACACUGCAACAGACUCUGCUAGGACAUAGAACAUUACAGCACAGUACAGUACAGGCCCUUCAGCCCACAAAGUUGUGCCAGCAUUUUAACCCACUCCAUGAUCAAUCUAACCCUUCCCUCCCCAUAGACCUCCAUUUUUUUUUACCAUCUAUGUGUCUAUCAGCUUCUUAAAUGGUGCAAGUGUAUCUGCCUCGACCACCAGCCCUUGCAGGGUGUUCCACACACCUAGCACACUCUGUGUAAUAAAAAGAAAAAAAAAACACCUUGGGUCUAACAUGCCCACUAUACAUUCCUCCAAUCACCUUAAAAUGAUGCCCCCUCCUAUAACCCAGCUCUGCCCUGUGCAUAGUUAUUGCACAGCUGAUCAUCAAAUGCACUUUGCUAGGAUGGAUGAAUUAUUGGGAACCCUUCAGAACCGGGAGUGACUGCCAAUAUCCGAACAAUGUAAUCUCCCAUUGACAGUGAAACAGCUUCUAAUGUGCAUUACCUGAUUGCAGAGCCAGUCCAACAGUGCAGUGAGUGAAGCCGUGACUAAGGUCUCCUCUUUAAUCAAAGGAACUAGUACCAGGCUGCUGCUGUAAAGGGGGGAGGGGAUCUCCAUGGCAGUUCGAGGCUGAAUUCAUCCACAUUAAAUUUGUUUUAGGUAUUGAGGGAUUCCUGGAUAACAGUGAGUGCCAGAAAAAGAGCUGAGGUAGAAGGUUAUCAGACACAAAAUGCCAGAGGAACUCAGCAGGUCAGGCAGUUUGGGCCGAGAUCCUUCUCCAGGAAACAACAAGGUUCCUGACGAAGGGUCUUGGCCCAAAAUGUUGAUUAUCUAUUCAUUUCCACAGAUGCUGCCUGCCCUGCUGAGUUCCUCCAGCACUUGGUUUGUGUUGCUUUGGAUUUCCAGUAUUUACAGAAUCUCUUGUGUAAAAGAUUAUCAGAUUCAGAUUCUGAUUCAUCAACAUAUCAAAGUCAAAAGUAAUUUUUUUUAAAUCAAAGUAUGUGUACAUUUGGAGGCCAUUUUAUUUAGGUAGAGGAGUGGAAGCCAGUGUGGUCUUCUGCUGAUGUAGUCCAUCCACCUCAAGGUUCAAUAUGUGUGUUCAGAGAUGGUCUUCUGCACACCGUUGUGGUAACGUGUAGUUAUCUGAAUUACCAUAGCCUUUUGGCAGCUUGAACCAGUCUAGGAAUUCUCUGAUCUCUCUCUUUACAAGGCGUUUCCCCCCACAGAACUGCCACCUUGGAUGUUUUUUUUUUGUUUUCCACACCAUUCUCUGUAAACUCUAGAGACUGUUGUGCAUGAAAAUCCCAGGAGAUCAGCAGUUUCUGAGAUACUCAGACCACCCCAUCUGGCAUCAACAAUCAAAGUAGAUCACAUUUUUUCCACAUUCUGAUGUUUGGUCUGAGCAACAAUUGAACCUCUUGACCAUGGCUGCAUGCUUUUAUGUAUCGAGUUGCUGCCACAUGAUUGGCUGAUUAGAUAUUUGCCUUAACGAGGCAGGUGUAGAAGUGUACCAACUGAAGUGGACACAGAGUGUUGUAAAGAACUGCUGUUAUAAGGGGAGCUCCAUAGUGGCUGAGUUUAUCUGAGUCGGGGUGAGGGAUUUUGAUUUAGGUAUUGAGGAAUUCCAGGAUAGGAGUUAGUGAGGGAAACAGUUUUGAGGUAAAAGAAUAUUAAAUUUGUUUAUUUUUCAAAAUAAAAGUAAAUUUAUUGGCAAAGUACAUAUACAUCACCAUAUUCGAUGCUGAACUUCUACUUUUCAGGACUCUCAGCCCAAAACAUCGACUGUUUACUCUUUUCCACAGAUGCUGCCCUCCAGUGUUUUGUAUAUGUUGCUUUGGAUUUCCAGCAUCUGCAGAUUUUCUCAUAUUUGUGAUUUUUUUAUUGACGAGUUCAGUUUUGUAACUUAUUGUCAUGUCAAUGCCUGCAUCAGCCUCCACAUUGCCCUGUGACCAAUACGGAAGAUACCAGGCACUGGGAAAUCUUCAUGGCAAAACUCUGGGUUUAAUGCCUGUGCCCAGUGGGUAGGAACGAUCAGUCCCGUGGGUGUGCACUAGUGGUCCAGAGAUUUACAGUCACUCAACAUCACUCCUGGUUUCCCAUUUGAGAUGAAACAAUGGACGGUAAUAACUCCAUUUAAUGUCAUUGUUUAAAGCGGUCAGGAAGCUUCUGUUUAACGAUAAAUACUUUGGUGUGAAGGGUUUAUUUAGUUCAGGAGUUUGGUGCCUCAAGGCAUUUUUCAGUUCUUUGUAAAACUGGAAAACAAUGUGUUUACCCAGUAUGAAUAUUUUACAAA